CCGUCAAAGUUCAGUCUGAGCAACAGACUGUGUUGCAAUAUUAUUAUCUCCAGAGUCACUGAAGCUGCCAGUGGUUCACUGCUCCCCCUGUGUCCCAGCACACUAUGGAUCUCUGGCAGAGUCUCCUCGCCUGCUUGUACUGGGCUGCUACAUGGUUCCUUAUUGGAUUGUUUGGUGUUGUCUUGGCUUACCUCUGCUACGUUCACUACAUCCACCUGAAGUUUGAUCACAUACCAGGUCCUCCCAGAGACAGCUUCCUCUUUGGACAUGGUCCCUCACUUCAAAGAUCAAUGGAAGAUUACAAACUGAUCCAUGACAAAUUCCUGGAAUGGAGUGAGAAAUAUGGACCGGUUGUUCGGCUGAAUGUUUUGCACCGUGUGUCAAUUAUUGUCACACACCCUGAGACAAUAAAGGAAUUCUUGAUGUCACCAAAAUAUCCCAAAGACCCUUACACAUACGAUCUCCUCUUCAACCUUUUUGGUAAAAGGUUUUUAGGACGUGGUUUACUGACUGAUACCGAUCACAGACACUGGUACAUGCAGCGCAGGGUGAUGGAUCCCUCCUUCAGCCACUCGUAUCUGGUGGGGUUAAUGGAUGUGUUUAAUGAGAAGGCUGAACACCUCAUGGAGAAGUUGAGAGAGUUAUCUGAUGGUGAAACUCCAGUGGGAAUGCACAGCAAGCUGAACUGUGUGACACUUGAGGUCAUCACGACGGUCGCCUUUGGGAUGCAACUAAACUUAUUGGAUGGUGCUCGGUCUCCAUUUCCACACGCAAUUUCAAUGAUUCUGAAAGGUAUUUCCCACUAUGUUCAGAAUCCAUACAUGCAGUACCUGCCUCAGCACCGACCGUUUGUAAAGGAGGUGUGGGACUCCUUAGAGCUGCUGCGUAGCACGGGGAAACGGUGCAUAGAGGAGAGGAAAAGAGCUGUAAAGAAUGGAGAGGACGUGCCGAGAGACAUACUGUCAAACAUUCUCAAGAGUGCAGAACAAGAAGGGGAAUAUGACGAUGGCCUGAUGCUGGACAAUUUCAUUACUUUCUUCAUUGCAGGUCAAGAGACAACAGCCAACCUGAUUGCUUUUGUCAUCAUGGAGUUGACACGGCAACCUGAAAUAAGAACAAAGUUGCAAGCAGAAGUGGAUGAAGUUGUUGGGCUGAAGAGUGAUGUUACUGCUGAUGACAUUGGCCGAUUGCAGUAUAUGAAUCAGGUGAUAAAGGAGACUCUGAGGCUGUACCCCCCAGGACCAGGGACAAGUCGCUGGUUGUCACAGGAAAUGGUCAUUGAAGGAAUAAAGGUCCCUGGCGGGGUUUCUGUGAUUUUCAACACCUACAUCAUGGGCCGAAUGGCCAAAUUUUUUGAUGACCCUCUGAACUUUGACCCUGAGCGAUUCCAUCCGAAUGCUCCAAAACCCUACUACUGCUAUUUCCCGUUCGCUUUAGGGCCGCGUUCCUGUCUUGGCCAGGUUUUUGCACAGAUGGAAGCAAAGGUGAUUUUGUCCAAAUUCCUGCAAAGGUUUGACUUCCGACAUGCUCCAGGCCAGACAUAUGAAAUUAUGGACACAGGAACUCUCCGACCUCGAGAUGGUGCAAUGUGCAUCUUGACACCGAGAUCCGAAUCUUCCAAAGGAUAAUGCAGCCCUUUCUCAGGAGACAACUGGGGGACAUAACCAGAUUGCUCACCUGCACUAAUCAAUUCCAAUAGACCGCGAGGAAGUUGUAAAUGGACUUGUGGUUUGUUGUGUGGAAUUAUUGAGUCCUGCAUCAGUUUUACUGAUUGAACCAUAAACAUAAACACAGAGAUCCUUCA